AAUAUUCCGAGUCACAUGACCUGUCUUGUGAGCAAAGCGGAAGAGAAUGCGGCGGUGCAGUGGUGAGAUGGCGGAGAAUCUCACAUGACAGAGUUAUUAAUUAUCAAAGUUUAAUGAAAUGAUCAGAUUUAAUUACUGUCAAGAUGCCGCUGUUGACUCAGAAUAAGCGAAUAGAGCGCGUGAACUCAGUCGCAGAACUCUUCAGCAAAUACCCGCAUCUGAAGGAAAGUGCGAAGCAGUUUGUGUCCAGCAGUCCAGAGUCUGUGGACCCUAAACAGCUCCUGUACAUCCAGCAGCGAGAGUUUGCAUCCACCACACCAGCGGACAAUUCUGUCUCUAUCCUGGGCUCCGAUGAUGCCACAACAUGCCAUUUAGUCGUGCUCCGACACACAGGCAGUGGAGCGACUUGCCUUGCACACUGUGAUGGUUCCAGCACAUGGACUGAAGUUCCUCUCAUAGUCAAUGCUGUGACCUCUAAAAGUAACCCUGUUAAAGAGGGCAGACUGGAGCUGCAUCUUGCUGGGGGUUUUGAUGACGACAGAAAGACCUCUCACUCACUCAGCCUUAGUAUUCUGGCUGCCUUUCAAAAACAGAAGGAAGACAUUCACCUGGAGACGUGCUGCAUCACAGACAUGAAUGAUGUCAUCACAGAGGGGAUUCAUCGGCCCGUGGUGUAUGGGAUAGGUGUUAACGUUAAAACGGGUCACGUGUUUCCAGCAUCGUUUGCAUGUCGAGGACCGGCGGAGGAGCUCCGAUCUGCACGCACCUUCUCUGGUGGACAGAUGGUUGAAGUGUAUGAUUCCAGCAGAGAGCUUGUAAAAAUUGGCCCGUGCAGAUGGACGCCAAACAAUGACAUGGGCUUCUGGCUGUCUCAAGAUGAUAAAACCAUCCUACAGUGUGAUAUAGUGAGAAUAUGGAGGAAAAAAAACAGUUGUUUUAUUCAGAGGAGCAAACUGAGCAAAAAUAUGCAAUUUGGUGCAGAUGCUGAUAUUUUAUGGACAAAAAAUGAAAGCCUUCCUCAAAAGCCUGAUGAUCAUAUUUGAGACUCACAUUUGAACAUGAUUUUUCUAUAAAUUGAUGUCUGGAUAGUGGAUAAGCAAGUAAACCUCACUUCUUCAGUCCAGUGAGUGUUCACCUUGAAAUAUAAUAUAAAAGUUAUUCUUAAAGGAUUAGUUCACUUUCAUAUAAAAUUUUCCUGAUAAUUUACUCACCCCCAUGUCAUCCAAGAUGUUCAUGUCUUUCUUUCUUCAGUCAAAAAGAAAUUAAGGUUUUUGAUGAAAACAUUACAGGAUUAUUCUCCUUAUAAUGGACUUCAAUGGCCUCCAAACAGUUGAAGGUCAAAAUUACAGUUUCAGUGCAGCUUCAAAGGGCUUUAAAUGAUACCAGACGAGGAAUAAGGGUCUUAUCUAGCGAAAUGAUCGGUCAUUUUCAAAAAAAAUGUAAAUGUAUAUGCUUUAUAUAAACAAAUGAUCGCCUUCCAAGUGCUUCCGCCAAAACCGUACUUUCGAAUUCUUCAAAAAGCUUACGCUGUAUGUCCUACGCCUUCCCUAUUCUACUUACGGUAAAAAUGGAACUGGCGCUGCAUUCGUUCCAUAAGUUGAAUAGGGAAGGCAUAGGACAUACAGCGUAAGCUUUUUGAAGAAUACGAUUUACGAUUUUGAAGAUACAGAUUUCACUGCAAGAAGACAUGUGCAUCACAAGCUUAAAGGUGGAUGUUCGUACAAUUAUAUUAAAAUACUUUUACUUGAUAAAAAAAAGAAGCUCUGCUUAUUUAACUCAUUUCUCGUCUGGUUUGUCCAUCAGUUUUUGUCCACGUCCCCGUACGCAGAACCUCCUCACUUUGUCCAGCACA